AUGGGCCAGUGUUGCAGCAGAGCUACGUCCCCGGAUUCUGUCCAAGGAGGAGCCAAUGGCUAUGGCUAUUCUCACCAGCCCAAACAAGCACAAACACCUCCUAGUUACAACAAUGCUCAGCCACCACCACAAGCUGAGGUGAGGUACACACCGCCAGCGAUGAACCCUCCUGUAGUCCCACCUGUGGUUGCCCCCUCAAAGCCCAUGCCGGACACGAUUCUCGGCAAGCAGUACGACGAUGUGCGCUCUGUCUACUCGCUUGGCAAGGAACUUGGUAGGGGGCAGUUCGGGGUGACGUACCUUUGCACUGAGAUUAGCACUGGCAGGCAGUAUGCUUGCAAGUCCAUAUCCAAGCGCAAGCUCGUGAGUAAGGCCGAUAAGGAGGAUAUCCGCAGGGAGAUCCAGAUCAUGCAGCACCUAUCUGGGCAGCCAAACAUAGUGGAGUUCUGUGGAGCAUACGAGGACAAGGGCAGCGUGCAUGUUGUAAUGGAGCUCUGUGCAGGCGGGGAGCUGUUUGAUCGGAUUAUUGCCAAGGGGCACUACUCAGAGCGCGCAGCUGCUACAAUCUGCAGAGGAGUUGUGAAUGUUGUGAAUGUUUGCCAUUUCAUGGGAGUGAUGCACCGCGAUCUGAAGCCGGAAAACUUCUUGCUCGCGACCAAGGAUGAGAAUGCAGUGCUCAAGGCCACUGAUUUCGGGCUUUCGGUCUUCAUUGAAGAAGGAAAAAUGUAUAGGGACAUCGUUGGAAGUGCUUAUUAUGUUGCUCCUGAAGUCCUUAGGAGAAACUAUGGUAAAGAGAUAGAUGUUUGGAGUGCAGGUGUUAUUCUGUACAUUCUUCUCAGCGGUGUUCCUCCAUUCUGGGCUGAAACUGAGAAGGGAAUAUUUGAUGCUAUUCUUCAAGGGGAGAUUGACUUUGAAAGUCAGCCAUGGCCAUCAAUUUCUGAGAGCGCUAAAGACCUUGUGAGGAAGAUGUUGGCGCAGGAUCCAAAGAAAAGAAUUAGUUCAGCCCAAGUUCUUCAACAUCCAUGGCUCAGGGAAGGAGAAGCAUCAGAUAAACCUAUUGACAGUGCUGUUCUUUCUAGGAUGAAGCAAUUCAGAGCAAUGAAUAAACUGAAAAAGAUGGCUCUAAAGGUUAUAGCUUCAAAUCUUAACGAGGAAGAGAUCAAGGGCCUGAAGCAAAUGUUUAUGAACAUGGACACAGACAACAGUGGGACAAUCACAUAUGAGGAACUCAAAGCAGGACUAGCCAAACUUGGAUCGAAGCUCUCAGAAGCUGAAGUAAAGCAGUUGAUGGAUGCGGCUGAUGUGGAUGGCAAUGGAUCAAUUGACUACGUUGAGUUCAUAACAGCAACCAUGCAUAGACACAAGCUCGAAAGAGACGAGCAUUUGUUCAAGGCGUUCCAGUACUUUGACAAAGACAACAGUGGCUUCAUUACAAGAGAUGAACUGGAGACUGCUUUGAUUGAGCAUGAAAUGGGCGACGCGGAUACCAUAAAGGACAUCAUAUCAGAAGUCGACACAGAUAAUGAUGGGAGGAUUAACUACGAGGAAUUCUGCGCUAUGAUGAGAGGAGGGAUGCAGCAGCCAAUAAGGCUCAAGUAG